ACUCUUUCCCCUAAAAGAAAUUAAAAUAAAAAGGAAACUAAAAACGAAAAAAAUGUUGACAAAAUUUCAACAUCAAAAUUCAAGAGGUUAAAGGGAAAAAAAAAAAAAAAACAGAGAGAAAUGCAGAGACUGAUUAGGGUUAGGGUUUCAAAGCAUGGAUUCUCCUGAACCUUCUAAAGCCCCAAUUUCCUCUUCUUCUGCUGCAGCCUCUAUUUCUUCUUCUUCCCCAGUUCAAGAAUCCCCUUUUUCCAAUUACAUUAGCAGUCUAUCUCCUAUAAAGCAUGACAAGGUGCCACAUGUAGCACAAGGGUUCCUGGGACUUAAUUCUCCCCCUCUUGUAUUUACAUCGCCACGUAUAAAUACACUUAGAAGGCCACAGUCAUCCAGUGCGGAAGUAUCUCAAAAUGGUGAAGGAGAUAAGAAAAAUAUAGAUGGUCCUGGUAGGUUGGAAAGAUCUGUUUCUGAAUUGCAGCAGGGCUUGAUCACUGAUAUUAAGAAGGAGGAUGAUACCAAGGACUCUGUAUCGAUCCAACCGAGUAGUUCCUCUGGCUGUGUUGAUGAAUACUUGGCUGAUCCUGUGGAAGCAGACUGUGCAAACUCUGAAUAUUCCAUGAAUUUAAAUUGCAAAGAAUCAAAUGAUGCGUUUCAAUCAUCAGUAAAUGGUUUACUAGAAACAAAGAAUUUAAAAUUUACUGACAAAAAUGAUGUGGGGAGGGAAGUUGAUGCAGCUCAAUUGUUGUCAGCGCAGAGUGAAGAAGGCCUUGAAAGAAAGUUAACCUCUCAUGUCAAGCCAGUGAAGAUUGAAGAUGAGCAACAUGCUGGUCAAGUGAAAUCUGAUGAGUGCCCCGAAUUUGAGUCUGAUGUAUUUGAUCUUUCUUCUCAGGAAAAAGAAUGCAAAAACUUGGAUGCUCAGAAAGUAGUAGAGGACUAUGAGGAUAGAUGUGAUGGUUUCCUUCAACUCCUGCCUGGAUCUUUGCAAAGGGUUCAGGCAUAUGAAGAUUUUGCUGAAAAUUUUGAAGGAGUUGCAGAUGUUACAGUUGAUAGCAUGACAAAUGAUCUUGAGGCUAGUGAACACCAACGUGGCAUGAGUAGGCGUUGCCUUCAAUUUGGAGAAGCUCAACCAGAAGCUACAGCAAAUUGCAGCAGUUCAAGUCUAGCAAAUGGUAUGAUCACUUCAAGAUCAGUUGCUACAACUUCAGAAACAGAGGGUUUGGCUUCAUCUCAUGUGGAUUUAAGUGUUAUAUCAAGACAGAGGCAGCUAGUUAACUUGUCCCAUUUAGCAAUAAACAUGAUUCCCCAGCACUAUGGUGAAAAGUCUUCCUUAACUGUUUCCAAGCCAUCAGGUAUUGGCUUACACCUAAACAGCAUUGUUAAUGCUAUACCAAUGGGUCGAGGUGGAACUUCAAGCAUGAAAUUGGCAGUGGAUUCUAUGGGUAUACAGGGGAUAAAAUCAGCAUCUCUUAUGAGCUGUCAGUCAACGGAAAACAUGGAGAGUUGCUCAGAUGCAUUUGAGAAAGUAUUGGCCGCUCCUCAGGAUGGAACACUUGAAGCAAAGGCUUGUAUGAUUCCAGGUUCUGCUGCUUCUGAAUCACUCUGCACCAUGGAAUCGAUUGAGUGUCACACGACUCUACACAGAAAGAUGGAGAUUAGCUCAGAGCAUGGAGAUGGUAAUGAGAUGUUUAACCAACAUAGCCCCAAAAAGAAACGGAAGAAAUCAUCAAACAGCACUGAUGGUGAGGGUUGCAAGCGUUGCAAUUGCAAGAAGACCAAAUGCUUGAAACUCUAUUGUGAUUGUUUUGCUGCCGGAAUCUAUUGUGCUGAUCCUUGUUCCUGCCAAGGUUGCUUCAACAGACCUGAGUAUGAAGAUACAGUUCUUGAGACACGCCAACAAAUUGAAUCGCGUAAUCCUCUAGCAUUUGCUCCCAAGAUUGUACAGCCAGUCACCGAGUUUCCAGUAACUAGCAGGGAAGAUGGAAACUGGAAGACACCAUCCUCAGCAAGACACAAAAGAGGGUGCAAUUGCAAAAGGUCAAUGUGUCUGAAAAAAUAUUGUGAAUGCUAUCAGGCUAAUGUUGGUUGCUCCAUUGGAUGUCGAUGUGAGGGGUGUAAAAAUGUCUUUGGCAAGAAAGAAGAUUAUUGUGUGACUGAAGAGAUAGUGAAUAGAGGUGGUGGGGAGAUAUCAGAAAGCACAGUGGCAGCUAAGAAAGAUUUCUUAAAUCCUGACUUGUGCGAUCCGCAUUAUCUUACACCUCUGACACCUUCAUUCCAAUGCUCAGACCAUGGAAAGAAUGCACCCAAAUCCAGACUUCUUUCCAGGAGAUGCCUUCCAUCACCUGAGUCUGAUCUUACCAUCUUAGCAAAAUCUCCAAGAUCUCCAAGAACUUCUGAUAGCAAUGACAUGCUUCUGGAAACAAGCAAAGAAAAUUUGGAUGUUGGUUCUUACUGUGAGGGAAUCAAUUACAACAAUGCAGAUGUCCUUGGCGAUGAGUGCCAUCAUACUCCACUUCCAAAUCAUCCCUCAAUUAUUAUAGGUUCAACAUCAUCCAAAGCGAGGGAAUUGACAAGUCUUUCACGAUUCCCAUUGGGCCCUAAAAGUGGUUGUCUCUCUUCAGGGGGCUCCCUCCGUUGGCGUAGUUCGCCUAUUACGCCCAUGUCUUCUUUAGAUGGGACAAAGAAUCUUCAGGGGCUUGACUCUGAUGGACUUUCUGACAUUUUGGAGGAUGAUACACCUGAGAUAUUGAAGGACACAUCUACACCCAAUAAGUCUGUGAAAACAAGUUCUCCAAAUGGCAAGCGAGUUUCACCUCCUCACAAUUUGCUACAGCUUGGGUCAAGCUCUUCAGGGCCAUUAAGAAGUGGCCGUAAGUUCAUACUAAAAGCUGUGCCAUCUUUCCCUCCUCUCACUCCCUGCAUUGAUUUAAAAGGCAGCAGUAAUCAGAACAGAAGCAGUUUUCAAGAAAAUAGUAGCAAUGAUUGAUUUUCAAACCUGCAUUUUGGACCUACUGCAUUAGGUUACUUUCAUGUUGGAUUGUUGUACUUGAGCUUUAGAGAGCAUUGAGCACCGUGCUGUUAAAGUUUCAUACCUUUUAAGGUACAAGAGCUGCCACAUUUUUAGAGCAUCGAAUAAAUUCCUGGAAUGAUGGCCUUAUGAUCCCUAGUCUUCCUUCCUCUGUUUCUCUUAGUUACUUGUCACUCUUUUCGUUCAUUUGGAUGGUUCUAGUGCAAGCCAAUUAUGUUUCAUUCCUCAUGAUUAGAGGAAGGACUCGCCAAAGCCCAAAGUUGUUGCCGUCCAACCCAGCAAAAAAUAAAAAAAAUUAUUUUAUCAAAACUAAUGUCCGCUUUUCUUUCUUUUUUAAUGAGAUAAUUGAAGGUAAUGUUGAGUAAGCCAUUGUUGUCCUUGUGUAAAACCUUUAUGUAAGAGUGCACCAUUCUAUCAUCAUUGUGAUUUUUGCCACUGGAAGAUUACUGACUUGCAACAUAAUUGUCAUUAAUUCAAGCAUAUAUAAUUUGCCU